AGGAAGGUGGAAGACACAAGCAAAGUAUAGUGAACGUAGAGGAGAGCUAUCUAAAUUAAAAUAUCGAUUCAUUUACAGUUGUAUCGAUCAAAUACCAAUACCAGCGUUGGCAUCGAUACUAUCGAUAUUUAGAUCGAUCCGCCCACCCCUAAUGCGCAUGUCCCGGAGGAGGCGGAGACACUCGGAGUCUGUGAGCCUGUUGAGCUCGUUUCUGUCUAACUUUCACUUUCAGCUUCGUCUAACCGUUUCUCGCCGGGAGAAAACUCGUUUUUUUUAAGCUACCAUACUCAGCCUAUAAUGUUUAUAGGGUUUGUUUAACGUUACUCGACAUGUUUGUCUUGGUUCCGAACAGAAGCAGCGAGAUGUCGCCGUCUUUGCCAUCCAUCAUAUUGGCCGGUUGCUUGUGUGUUUUAUUGGCUGUCGCGUCCGCGGACUCGGUGAUUCCACUCUACAAAAAGGUGGGCGAUGAUGUUGUCGUUAAACCGGGUCCUAUCUCUGUUGCCAUCACCAACAUCAUGUGGAAACAUGGUCCUAACAUCGCAGUCCUGUGGGAUGGAAAGGAAUUGGAUUAUUUUGUACGCAGUAAACUCAACAUUACAAGUGGAGAGAUGACAAUCACAGGACUGACUUCAAAUUACACUGGAUUGUACACACCGGAAAUCAACGGCAUGGCCAUGAAUGCAACUCGUCUCAUCGUCAUCUCUUCCGUUCCUAAACCCACUGUUGGUAAAUCCUGUGGUGCUGACAAGACCAGCUGUAUUUUGACCUGUGAGGGAGACACCACGGGCGCUGAACCGUUCACCUACAGGUGGAAGUCAGACAGCGAUGUGACAGGUUCAUCUAAGGAGCAGCUCAUCACAAAGGACAACAGUUCCAGUAUAGAGGAGUUCAGCUGUGAGCUGGAGAAUCCAGUCAGUCAGAUGAGCAGCGACCCUAUCGCCAACCCGUUCUUCGAAAGCGAUGAACCUAAAAGAGAACCGAACAUCCCCAAAGGGCUCGUAGUCUUCAUGGUUCUGCUGUUUGUCGUGCUGCUGGUGGUUGGCAUUCACAGAUGUAAAGCAGGAAUGUGGUUCUUCCAAAAAGCAUCCAUGCCAUGGCAAGCAGACUUCUGGCAGAAUCCCGGUAGAACAUCGAGAGAUGCCGUAUCUAAUGGCAGCGCUGCCCAAGAGAAGGGACAAAAAGACGAGGAAACACCAAUGACGUAGGCGGCCAGACGUCAGUCCGAACAUGUCAGGUGUGAAACGAGACGAUCCACAGUCAAGUGCGCAUGGGAUUGGUCUAUUCUCUGUUACCAACACUAGUGUUGUCAGCUCCAAUGCCUCAAACCUAGAACUAAUAAUACAGCAAAGAAAAGAGUGAAAGUAUCUUGAGGCUAAUUUUCAAAAAUAUAUUUUAGACACAAAACUGACCAAAAGUGGGUAUGAAGGCACUGUUAAAGAUGUAUUAUUUUUUUUUAUUUUAGACUGGCGUUCUGCUGCUUGUUUUAAACAAAAUAUGUGAAUUUAGCCCAGUAGCUGUUACCUGCUGGGAUCUACAUUAAGUCCCAACUGGGUGAUUACUGGGACUUGGUUUAUUAUAAGACACUAAGAAGGGAAAUAUUUAAGUUAUUAAUCAUGAUAUAAAAACGACUACAGUUGCAGUGCAGAACUUAAUAGCCCAGAAUGUAAUAAAUAAAAAAUAAAAACUUUUAGACUUGAUGCAGAUCUUCCUGACAGUUCUAGAUUUUCCAAAGAGGCAACGAGGGGCCUCACAGCUUAACACAGGAAAUUGCUCUUUCCUGUGACAGGCGGGUCAGCAUACCUGAUAUAACGACCUCUAGCUCAUUAAAACAAGCAGGUUUGGUGUCUCACAGUGUUAAACAAGAGCUAGGGCAGCGUGGGGAGGAA